AUAUAAAAAGAUGAGAGAUGAAAUAAAGAAAAAAGUAACUCAGCGGUAAUUUAUGGGAAAUAGUGACAUAUCAUGUGAGAGAUGGAUGGGAAAUAUUUGUGGAGAGAUCAUAUCUUGAGCAGCUCUGCAAACCAAUAUCAGGAUUAAUGACACCUGUCAUUCAAUCAGUACUACCGUGGAUGAAAUAAUGCAGAUGCUGGCAGGUGAGUUGUUCUAGUCUGCAUCUGUUUUGUUGCAUUAGCAUGUAAAUUAAGUCUCCUUGUGUUCAUCAAACGUGAAUAUUGCAAACCAUACACAGAAGCAGUUUUAAAGUAUGAAUACAUAAAUAGUGGCUUCCAAGGCAGCAAGGAGAAAACAAGAUUUUUAUGUUUUUUAACAUGUAGCAUUGCUGACAGAUCCACUUCAUUACUAGUAUGCUUCCAUUUGUAUGUCCCAUUUUUCAACUAAAAAAAGAACACAUGUAAUUGUGCAAAGAAAUUCAACAUUGCAAUGUGUACAUCAGCAAAACUAUGCAUUUGUCAAUAGAGUUCGGUUACUACUUGGAACCUCAAAUGGCAAAUGUCUAGCCAAUGUAUUAGCCAUGUAGUUGAUGCAGGAAUGUUUCAUCAUCUAUUUUCAGUGGAGUGUCACUUAUUUCCUACUAGUUCAGUCGACUCACGCCUGUAAGAUUAUGUCUGUUGUCCGCGUUCUUUUCAGUCCAGUGAUUUAGCUGGCUAUUGAUGUAAGAGUACAUACUGGGAAAGUUAAAAACGUAUGUACAGUGAUGAUAUUUAUCUGCUGCUUUAAUAUUUAUCAGUAGAACAGGACAUAUGUGAGUCAUUGUAGUCAGGAACUACUCAGAAACAUCCUGCGACUGCCACCACUGAUAGGAAUCCAAUGACUAACUCCUGGAAGAGGCUGGACUAUGUUUUUGGUGGAAUGGUGUUACAGUUGAACAUAAAAUACCAAGACUAUGGGUAAAUUCAGGGAGAGAGAUGUUGGACUGUGGCGGGGGGGUAAACUUGCAGUUUUACACAGGUAGCCUGAAAACCAUAUCCUCAGUGAAAUUAAAUGAAAUUUAACAUUUUAAAUUUUAAAUUAAAUUAAAUUAGAUUUAACAAACUUUAAAAUCUUUUAAGAAGUUUGGCUAUAACCAAUGCAACAUACCAUUGAAUCUGGAAAUUUUUUCAGGCAUCCUCAACACGGAUGGCAUACACUUUAUCAAAACAUGCAUUGGUUGCAAGAUGCAAGAGAAAGCAGAAGUAGUCAGAGUGAAAGUGUCACUCCUGCACACUGCCCUCCCUCACAUAGAGCAUCUGCAGUUGGUGCUUGUGACUGUUGUGACACACUUAAUUUUAUUUGGUUGGAACAUGAUUUCAAGAGACCCCGUGGAGCUGCAGCUGAACUGUACAUUACAUCACCAGGUGAGGUUACAGUGCAAACUGGAGAUCUGUUGCCAUGUAAGAUUUGUGGAAGGACUUUCUUUCCAGCCGCACUGAAAAAGCAUGGACCCAUUUGCCAAAAAACUUCUGCCAAGAAAAGGAAGACAUUUGAUUCCAGCCGGCAGAGAGCAGAAGGAACUGACAUUCCCACAGUAAAACCUCUUAAGCCACGGCCAGAACCACCCAAAAAACCUUCCAAUUGGAGACGAAAGCACGAGGAAUUUAUAGCAACUAUACGAGCAGCCAAAGGACUCAAUCUUAAAGAUGGUGGAAAACUCCCUCCACCACCUCCGCCAUCAUAUGACCCUGAUUACAUUCAGUGUCCAUACUGUCAGAGGAGAUUUAAUGAAAAUGCAGCUGACAGGCACAUCAAUUUCUGUAAGGAACAAGCAGCACGUAUUACUAAUAAAGGGAAAUUGGCAACUGAUACCAAAGGGAAGCUUCCAACUCGAUCACAGUACAAGCCUGCUGCAGUUAAGAAGAUGCCUUCUGUAGGAUCAACACCACCAUCAUCAUCAUCACGCUUACCACAGCCAAGUGGUGUUAGCAAAACUGUUUUAGGUGCCUCUUCAAGUAAAGCACUGUCUUCAUCUGGAUCCAGUGGGAGCAAAAUUCAAACGUUAUCACCAGCUCAUAAAAGCUCACUGGGAAUGGUGAACCCUCAAGCAGGUAGUAAGAUGGACAAGUUAGGCCCACCACUGCGAACUGGAAGAGAUGUGCAAAGGUUUUAUGACACUGAUACAAAACCAGACAGUACCAUCAAAAGACCAAAUGAGUUUUUGCCUAUAAAGAAAGGCACAACAAAAACACGGACAUCAGCCCCUCCUAGUGUGGCAAGAACCAUGAGCACAGGUGCUCUAACAAACAAAAGAAAAACCAGCAAUUCAGAAAGUUACUCAAGGUCUGACGGUAAAAUUGGAUGUGAUAGUGGAGACAGCCCAUCCUCAGUUAAUGGAGGAAGUUCAAAAAGCAGCGAAGGGAAUUCAUCUGCACAGUUAUCGAAGUUCUGCCAUGAAUGUGGAACAAGGUAUCCAGUGGAAUGGGCAAAGUUUUGCUGUGAGUGUGGAAUUCGAAGAAUGGUUGUGUGAACACAUUCUCAAAAGCAAAACUAAAAUGGGAAAUCAGAAGCAUCUGCUGUGUGCUGCUGCAUGGAAAACCAGAGUACUCCUCCCAGUUAGACUUCAUGCUGCAAACAUAUUGAAACAUCAUACUGUAAUUUUCUGAGUGCAAUCUUCUGGUUACAUGGUUAUUUAUAAACAAAUAUAUAUACUGUAUAUAAAAAUAGCAGGUACCUAAAACUGUGCCAUUCAUGGAAAUACUCUUUAAUCUCUGUUGGAAAUAUUUAAAAUUAAGGUAAAAACCUGUUAAGUAACUUAGGUUGUGGAAGUUCAAUGUUAUAUUUCUUGUAAAUUCUAAUAGGUAAAGGAUUAUUUAAAUCACUUAGAUUGGAUAAUACUUACCCAUAGGAAACUAGACAAGAACUUGGGCUUCAAAAGUUUCUCUGUAGAGGAUUUUCUUUCAUAUAUGACAGUAACUUAAGUGCUAUAUUCUAAGUGAAAACAACAUGAGCAAGCCCUUAUAAAUUCAUAGUUAAAAGUGCAAAAAGUCCGGAUCCCUUUAACUCUUAUAUCCAAAUUGGACUUUCCAGUUACUUCCUAGGAUUUUUUUAAAGAAUCAACAUGGAAAAGCUACCUGAGAAUUCCGUUCAUGUGUAAGAAAAGCAAGAGUUUUGUUUGUGGCUUUACAUGUUCUGUUUUCCAAUAAGAACUUGUUAAUAUUUUUAUGUAUUUAUAAGGACAUAAUUUUACUAAGUUCUUUUUGUUCAGAAAUACUUGUCUUUCUCCUCCUGUGCUCCACCAUUACUAGCAUAUCUAAAAGGUUUCCAAAGAUCCCGCUCCUAUUUUUCUCCUUCAGGAAACGAGGGAAGAGACAAAGUCUACUGUCAAACUCUUAUUUUGAAAACAGCCUUCUUGAUGUAUUCAAUACAAAAAAAGACCUCCAUAAAAAUGUAUGUUAUUAGAACUGUAGAACUUGAUGUAAGUUGUGACUAUUUUUAUUCUUUCACCUGUGCAAAUAGCACAGCUCACAUAGGAGUGCAUAACAGAGUAACUGUGCUCCAUAUGUUUGUGUGUCAAUACCUUAUGUGGCUUUUUUUAUACAGUCUUGUGUAUUCUUGGGCUCUGAACAGCAGCCUCUUGAAGCUCAUAACGUACUUCAUAUUAAUUCAUUGAGGAGAAUGGUCAGGCCCUGAAGUUUUUGAGUUGUUGUUUUUUUAUAAAUUGCAGAGGAUAUUAAAACCAUUCACAAGCCAAAUCUCUUAACUUGUAUGCAAAUGUAGUAAUUAGUUUUGUGACAUUUUGCUUUGAAGUGCUGGCACCAUCUUAGUUUUGCGUGAAAGAACAAUCUGAAAGAACUUCGUUGUGCCUUUCCCACAAUAAAUACACUCUUUUUGUAAGAAAUGGUUACUUUCAGCUCGCAAAAAUCAUUAGUAUUAACUUAUAUAAUUUCUUUGUAGCUUAUGCAAAAUAUAAUGUAGGAUUCCAUGAUAGUAUUAGGAUCACUGUUUGCAUUUUCAAAACUUGAUUACUGCUUGUGGGGACAAUUAUGAAGAAGGCAUGGUUGAAGAAAAGCAUUUCCAAAGUAGUACCAGUCUUGGAGGAUGAGAGACUUAAGAGACUUGAUGUUGUAGGCCACAAGCUAUUGAUAUUUUAGAAUUAGUUCAGUGAUGUGGAUUUGUUUUACACUUUCAAUACAAAUUAAUUUUAGAAAUGAUCGUUCAGUGUAAUCUUGUUUUAUUAUAAUUCACAUAAACUGGCUACUGAGCGUGGUAAGAUGGAUCACUGGUAAUGAUAGAACUGACAAUCCUAGCCAAAUUAUGUUCUAGGUAGUUUAGUUUCUAGGAUCCAUAUUUUGGCACAUUCUUAUCUGUACGUGGAAAAAUUGAAAUCCUGCAUCCUUUGCAUAGAUAAGCCUGCUUGAGAAAAUUUGUCCUGGAUUUGGGCCAUGGAGAUCUGGAGACUGAAUUAUUGCAAGCUGACUAUUCAUCGGCAAAGAUACAAGUCCAGAAUAGAUUUCAUCAGUUAGUGAAUCUACUGAGGAAUCAAUUCCUUUCUCUGACUUGAUGGAUUUCCAGUUCUUGUUUCUGCUGGAAAAGUGCGUUUUACCAUUUAUUGACAAUGCUUUCUCUGAAAGGGAGGUUCAGUAAGGAAAUAAAUGUCUUUCAGGUUUUCCAGGAUUGCUGUAGCUGUAGAAGAAACACAUUGACUGUUUCCCCUUUGCCUUGUAGGUGGCAGAUUUCCUAGUUUUAAUACAGCUUUUAGUAAAUUAUUCAAGUGACAUCAUUUACUUUGUUUAUACUUAUAUGCUUUAUAGCAUGGACUAGAUAAGGGAUUAAGCUAACUGAAGGAGGAAUUUAAAAGGAUUUACUGAACUUUUAAUUUAGCCUUACAAGAAGGUGUGUUGAAAUAUAAAUGACUGAUAGUAACAUUGGAUAGUGUCUAUGUGUUUGAAUCCGUGAUAAAGAUAAGCAGACAAUGAAAAUGUGCAGUUAAAUGCUGUAUAUUAAGACUAUCAGAGGCCUACUAUAUUCCACUUUAUCAACUGAUUUUGUUACUGAUGAAAAAUAUUUCUAAAAUCUUUGAUGCUACAGAGCAUAGACUGAUUACACAGGUUAUAAGCACAGUUCACUGUCAUUCCAGCUUAAUGGAAUCUUUGUUAGGAAGUAGUAGAUUUCUUUUCAUAAUGACCCUGCAGAACUGAAUAUUGGAAAUAAAUUUGUUAUAUUUAAAUUAAAAAUAGACUGCUAAGGGAGGUGGACUACGGACUUAGAAUUUUUAAGUGCAUUAGAUGUGUUAGGAAGCUCCUGAACUAAAUUUAUUAACAACAAAGGUACAAACCCUCUCGCCCUAAUCUUCCCACUUGCAUUUAUGCCUUGGUUUUCAUUGGAAGAAAAAAACAUAGAUACAUAUAUUGAAAGGGGAAUGUUUCAGGAUGUCUCAAAAAUCAAAAUAUUGAUAGUUGUGAAGAUAAAACCCAUAGAUGAACUAUGCACCGAUGAGUCUAAACUUAGCUAGUGGCAUCUCCUAGAUGGCUUGUUGACAGAUACUUAACUUAAAAGCGUAAAUUCCUUAAGAGUUGAUGUGUAAAAUUAGGAUGAUAUGAUUACUUCAUUUAGCAUCUGUCUUUCCAGUUCUGUGUGUGUAUAUACAUAUAUAUGGUUUGCAUGUGAGCACACAUGUAUUUUAUGAGAACUCGUAAGUUAUACAAAUGUAAAAAGCUGUUUUGUUAAAGCAGAGUUGAUACAAAACAGGACUGAAUGCUACUGGAGGGUUAUGAAGGCUCAAACAGUAGACUAAUGUAGUUACUGUCUAUUCAAAGUGAAAUUUAUUGAUGUGAUUAUUUCAAUGACUUCUGUACCAAUGCCUGACCCUGUGACAGACUUCCUUUACUGUCUACCACUGUAUCUUCCUAAUGUGCUUACUAAGGCUCUUCCAUUCAAUUAAAAAGAAAAGGGUAAAAUAAUAUCUAAAGAAAUAAGUAGAAGGCUGGUUUGGAGGUCUGGCCUGAGGGUGUUUGCAUUCCCAUUCUGCUUUUGUGAAUAUCCGUUAUUCAACUGGGAUCUCUAUAUAUGCGACAGCUUAAGGACACGGUUAUGUGGAAAUUUAAACCCUUAAUCUUAGACACUGCUCCCAAGAAGCGGGCACGAGGAGGUACUUUACCACCAUUUAAGCUUGUACUAUGAAUUGAACGUAUAGGCAGAAGUUUUUUAAUUUGCCAAAGAGACUGGAAGAGCCAUUAAACUCUCCUCAAUGGAUUUGAAAAGCUGAGCCAGAAGGGCUUCAUGGUAAGGGAGGUGGUGGUGCCUGUGGAGCUCUCCAUGGUGCUCUGGGUACCAAACCUGUCCCUGCAGUGCUGCAGGCAGCAGCUGUUCAAGCCUUUCCAUGCCCGCUGGAGGGAGCGAGGUUCACAGGCUAAUACUCACUCAAAAAUGUAUUGCAAAACCUAACCCAGCCUUCAAGCAUCAUGGAAGUUCCCUGUCAUCUGAGAAAGACUGGCUCCUAAUUCAGUCUUGCAACUGAGAGGUAGUGCCUGAAGUACAGUCUGCAAAGAGAACAGUUUCAUGAUGCACACUUACCUAAUCAGUGGAAGGAGGUAUGACUGCAGUAGUCUACGUGCUAGUAAACAAGGCAUGUUGUAGUGCACACUGAUGUAGACUAUAUAAUUGCUCUGAGUAUAAAUUGAAAUUGUAUUGUCUCUGUAUUGCAAUGUUCUCAAAAAGCACUAAUUUCCAUCACACAGACUUUGCUUGUGUGCAAAGAACAAACUUGUUAAAAAGUUUUGGUUUUUUUAAUCUUGGCUGACAAAUUUAUGUUUUGUAAGAGCACCUUUUGCAACUUUAAUUCUUUUCAGUUUGACAAAGCUAUGAAUAAUUAUAUGAGUUUUAUGUUAGGGUAGAAUUUUCAUCUUUGGUGAUUUUUUUUUUUUAGUGGCUGGUGAAAAUAGUUUAUUGCCUUUCAAGUACAGCUCAAUUUCAACUUGGCAUGGUUUGUUGCUGGUUUGUUUGGUUUUGGGGUUUUUCUUUCCCCACUUGAUGAGUAAGGUUUGAGCUACCCAAUUGUGUUGUUGGAAGAAAUGUUAAGGUGAAAGAUUGUCUAGCUGUAUUCAACAGUUACUUGGUUGACAUUUUCUUUCUAGUAUUCACAUUAUAAGAGAUUACUCUUGUAUACUAGUUCAGUGUUGGUUGUUUGGUUUUUUUGGGUUUUGUAGUGUCAUUCCAGAAUACACAUUUCUGGAAGAUCGUAAUUAGUCCCAUUCCAUUUCAUGUUGCCAGAAAACAGCUUAUUUAGAUUUUCUCUUAACUACUGUUUCACUAUACAAAAAUAACAGGGAAAUCAUAUUUCUCCAAUGUGAACAUUAGCUUUCACGUCAGCAAAUCAAAUAUUCAGUUUAAUACACCUGAAGACUGAACUUAAGUUCUAAAUAAUUGUGCAUGGUUUACCAUAGUACUAUAUUUAUAUUUGGAUUUCUGGCAGAAGCGUGAAUGGAUUUGGGUCUGAUCUAUAAAGUGCUGAGUAUUAUACAACUGUUACAAUGCCUACUUUAUAUGAUUGCUCUAACUCUUCGUGUUCAUCCUCCAUAUGAUGCUUAGUAUGUAUCUUCAUAAGUUUAUUUAUUGAUGUUCCAUGUUUUUACAUGAAGUGUUAGUUUGUGUGUUUGAGGCAAUUAAUUUCAUCAGCGUUGCAUUUAUUAUGUUUGCCUUGCCCCUCGGUACAUUGAAUAUUUGUGUUUGUGACCCUCCUGUGGUUUAUUGCCUAAUUUCUGGGUUUGUUUGCAUCUUAUUUGGUAUAUUAUGUUUAUUUUAAAGUGUCAGUUCUGUUUUAAUUACUAAAUGUAAAUCACCACCUAAUGCUAAUUUGCCACUUGUUAACAAUAAAGCAGAUAUGCCAAUAAAGCUUUCAUGCACACA